AUGCUACCUUAUUUCGACUAUCAAUUUCGUGUUAUCAUAAUUGGCGAUAGUAUGGUUGGGAAAUCCUCCUUAAUGAAAAGUUUCGUAGAAGGGAAUUUCACUCCUGUUUCAGAUCCCACUAUUGGAGUUGAUUUUUUCUCACGAACUGUUCGAAUUCAAGAGGAGGUCUUCGUUAAGUUGCAAUUAUGGGAUACUGCAGGUCAAGAAAAGUUUAGAACAAUAACUUCAUCUUAUUAUCGCAAUUGUGUUGGUGUUGUAGUUGUGUUCGAUCUUACUGACAGAGAGACAUUUGACCAUGUUGCUGAUUGGUAUGAAGAAGCUCGUGGUUCAAUUAAGUGUUCUGCUCCUGUCUUUAUAAUAGUUGGUCAUAAAGCUGAUCGUCGUGAUGAAAGACAAUUAUGUGCAGGUGGUAUUUGGGAUGGUGUUAAACAGGGACAUAAUGCAGCAUUGGCUGCUUCUUUAGCAAGUAGAUCAAUACAAUUUGAUCGAAAUGAACCGAAACCUUAUGGAGACUGUUGUUAA